AUGUCAGUUUUCUCAUGGUACAGCUCAUUAUUAUAUAUGUGUACUUUUCAGAAUAUGGAUCAUUGCUAUUCCAAGGAAAAAGAGCUACAAAAUGAGAGAAUUCCAUCAGUUUUUGGCACAGAUCAUAGCUACAACAAAAUAUGUGACAAUACUUGUAGAACUCCAACAAAUAAUCGUAAGAGAGAAAGAAGUACACCGACUGGGAAAACUCCCCAACAGCCUUCAAAAAUUGGAACUGCAGUUUUAUCAGGUCAGAAACGCAAUACUCCUUGGACAGAACCGGAGAAGGACUAUUUCAUUCAAUAUGUCAAACACACACCACUAAAUGAAACGCUUACAGAUUACUGGCAGAAAUGUGCUUCUGCCAUGAAUGCCAGAUUUCCAGCUGGGAUGCGUAAUGGGCUUGCAUGCAAGGGAUUGUCGCAGAGGUUAUUUAUAACCCCAUUAAGAGGUAAUACAGAAUCAUCCUUAGAUGAAAAAGACAUUGCAUCUAGAUUUAGUAUGUUGUCAACCCAGGAUGUAAUGACACGGGAUGUAGGGACACAGACUGCCUUGUCACUUCCAGUCAACACUAAUACUAGUAAUAGUUUCGAUGUUAAAGACGGUGAAUGGUUGUUUAUAGAACCAAGAAAAGAACUUGAGCCAGUUGCCAGUGUUGGUGCAGAAUACCUGCAUAGAACAGCUUUAAAGCGAUUAAGGCAUUAUCUUGGUAUAUCUGACGGAGAAAAAGCAAGCCUGAUUGAUGUGCUUUUUUGUUACAAGUUUCCAGUUAAAGAUUUGGAUCCUAAUUACCUUUCAUCACCUGUCACACAGUUACAAUCCUUUGGUAAUGUAAUAUUUUCUGCUAUUGGAGAGUUGUUACCAGUGUUCAAUGAGACGUUUGCAUAUUCAUUGCCUUUCACAUCACCAGACAUAUGUUUUACAAUCCUUUUGGAGGUGUAUGAUCGUCUGCAGAAUGUAGGUGUCAGUCUAAGCCAUAAUGGAAUGCUACAGUUUAUGACGGGUGUAUCUGGCAGCUUUAAUUCUGAGCUUAUUGACAGUGUGAAGGAUGGGAAAAGAUUUAGGAUCAUUGGUGAUAAUAUCAACUUUCACAUUGGUGUUGCACAGGCAAGAAAAAAUGUUGAUUAUGGUGGAGCAUUUCCGUGGUUGCAGUUUGCUAAGGCUGCAAUGAAUGAAGUAAAGGACAAAAUUCCUGGUAUGAAUGUGCGAAAUAAAGUGAUACCUCUGCCUAUAUUGCACAAAAAUGAGCAAAAGUAUGCAGAUGUCAUUGACAUUCUGGAUUCAUACCAGGAACUUUGUGACUCAACAUUUGAAAAAGCUGAAAUAGAACCGUAG